CACACUCACACACACACACACACUCACACUUCCAAACUCACUUUUUGUUUCUCAUCAGAUUUUUCUUUGUCUUUCGGUGGCUUUGCGUGCACUACUUCCAUUAAUCUAUACUUACACUUUCCUAUAUCCAUACACAUUUUUUUAAUUUUUAUUUUUUCUCAUUCAACAAUAACUUGAUUUACAUAUUAGAUUUAAUCUCAUCUGCAGAGAUGGAUUAGCUGAAGCCAUGGAGAGGAUAAUUUUGUAAUUUAUGAUUGUCAUUCGAAAUGUCGGGGAGUUUAGAUUCAGGCUUAUCGAAAAAGACUUCCUUUAUGGGGAUUAAAGUAUGGGUUUUGAUCUGCUUAGGUGUUGGUGUGUUUAUUUGUGUGUUUUUAUGUCUUUUAUCAAUGUGGGUUGUGUGCCAAAGGAAGUCUCAAAGAAGAGAUAGAUAUCCGAUUUCCCAAAUACCAAAUGUGCCUAAAGAUAUUAGAGUUGAUAGUGUUGGAGGUCCUUACAAUGAUAAUAAUCGAGGACAGCCAUCAACAACUGUUACAGAUGAAGCCAGUGGUAAGAGUUCUGGAAAGAUGCUGUUUCAGAUUGGACUUAGUAAAUCGGGAGGUGACGCUGAUAAUGCAAGUCAGAGUAGUUCAAUGUAUGAAAGAGGAUACAGGUCACAACAAUCAGGGGAGGAAGGAACUUCUGGAACUAUCUGGAAGCAAUCUUCAGUGGGUCGUGGAGGAAUGGCAUCUCCAUUUGUUGGGUUACCUGAAACUUCACAUUUAGGUUGGGGACAUUGGUUUACUUUGAGAGACCUUGAGCAAGCAACAAAACGAUUUUCCAGUGAAAAUGUGGUUGGUGAGGGUGGAUAUGGGGUUGUGUAUAAGGGGACAUUGAUCAAUGGGACUGAGGUUGCAGUGAAGAAACUACUUAACAAUUUGGGACAGGCAGAGAAAGAAUUUAGAGUUGAAGUGGAAGCUAUAGGACACGUCCGUCACAAGAAUCUUGUGCGACUUCUAGGAUAUUGUAUAGAGGGAACUCAGAGGAUGCUUGUUUAUGAAUAUGUGGACAAUGGAAACCUGGAACAAUGGCUCCAUGGAGACUUUCAAGAAUGUGGUGUCCUUACAUGGGAUGCUCGCAUGAAGGUCCUUCUUGGUAUUGCAAAAGCACUUUCUUACUUGCAUGAAGCUAUAGAGCCAAAGGUUGUGCAUCGGGACAUAAAAUCUAGCAAUAUUUUGAUUGACCAUGACUUCAAUGGUAAGCUUUCUGAUUUUGGAUUGGCCAAGCUUUUGGAUUCAGGCGAAAGUCACAUAAAUACCAGAGUUAUGGGGACAUUUGGAUAUGUGGCUCCCGAGUAUGCAAAUACUGGUAUGUUAAACGAAAAGAGUGAUAUAUACAGCUUUGGUGUGCUUCUUCUAGAAGCAGUAACUGGAAGGGAUCCAGUGGAUUACAAUCGCGUUGCUAAUGAGGUUAAUCUUGUUGAGUGGCUGAAAAUGAUGGUGGGCCAAAGAAGAGCUGAGGAAGUUGUAGACCCAAAUCUUGAUCCUAAACCCUCGACACAUGCUCUUAAACGUGCACUUCUGGUGGCACUUAGAUGUGUCGAUCCUGACUCUGAAAAGAGACCUAAAAUGAGUCAGGUUGUAAGAAUGCUUGAUGCAGAUUUCCCAUAUCGUGAGGAACGGAGGAACAGGAGGAGCCGCACAGCCAGCAUGGACAGCGAAACCAUGAGCGGUCCUGCUGACAUAGAACGCCCGGCAGUGUAAUCAGAAAUCUGACAGAAUUAACAAAAAUUGUUAACGAGUUAUGAAAUCAUUCUUGAUAGAUUACUAGCGAGAAUGGUGGUUGUAUGGUGGGAGUAUCAGUAAAUUUAAAUUAAGCAAAAUGUACAUCACACAACAAGCCAGAACAAGGAACAAGGUUUCUUUAUUUUUUCUUUUCCUUUUUGUGCUCAUAAUAAUCAAGAUCAAUUGAGGUUUUGGUUA